GCCAUGAUGGCGGUGAGGGGGCGGGGGGCAGCAUGAGGGGGCACGAGGGUGCCCGGCGGGGCCGCGCUCGGCGCCCCGAGGCCCGGGGCCAUGCUGUGUUCUCCCCGCAGGGCUUCAAGGAGCCGGCAGAAGCGGCGGAGGCGGAGCAGGGCUCGCAGACCCCCGGGCGAGGCGCGGCCCGGGGUAGGAAGAGGCCGGCCCCGGCCCCGGCCCCGGCCCCGGCCGCGGCCCCGUCAGGGAGGCUGAGCAGGGCCGAGCUGUACGAGCCGCCGAGCAGCGAGGAGCUGAACCGCCUCAAGGAGACGGAGGAUCUGUUCCACUCCAGCCUGCUGCGCCUGCAGAUUGAAGAACUUCUGAAGGAGGUUACACUGAAGGAGACGAAGAAGAAGAAGAUUGAUGCCUUCCUCCAUGAAAUUAACGGCCUGCUGAGCGCCAUCCCGGAGACCUCGGAAAGCGACCUCACCGACCAGACGUGGCUCCCCGGGGACGUGAAGGUGCCGUUCCUGCAGGUGCCUUUCGACGUGAAGGGCAAGUUCCGCUUCCUGCCCCCGGCCCAGCUGAGUGUGGUGGGCAGCUACCUGCUGGGCACCUGCAUUAAGCCCGAGAUCAACGUGGAUGUGGCCGUCACCAUGCCACGGGAAGUCUUCCAGGACAAAGACAACCUGAACCAGCGCUACCACCGCAAGAGAGCUCUGUACCUGGCCCACAUUGCCCACCACUUCUCCAAGGAGAGGCUCUUUGGCAGCGUGAAGUUUGCCUACAUGGACAGCAACCAUCUCAAGCCCAUCCUGCUCCUCAGGCCCCAAGGCAAGGAGAAGAAGCUGGUUACUGUCCGACUUCACGCCUGUCCUGCCCUGGGUUUCUUCAAGCCGAGCCGCUUCCAUCCUAGCAAGAACAACGUCCGGACAGCCUGGUUCAUGGAGCAGAGCACCCCCAAAGGAGGAGCCCCUGAGCCGCCCACCCCACACUACAACAACUCCAUCCUCUGCGACACGGUGCUGCUGUCCCACCUGCAGUUCUUGUCCACCGCCUCCACCGACUUCCCGGGCAUGAAGGACGGCGUCGCCCUUCUCAAAGUGUGGCUGAACCAGAGGCAGCUCAGCAAGGGCUUGGGGUGCUUCAGUGGCUUCUUGGUCUCCAUGCUGGUUGCGUACCUGCUGAUGAAGCGCAAGAUCGUCAGGGUGAUGAGCGGGUACCAGGUGCUGAGAAACGUCCUGCAGUUCCUGGCCACCACUGACCUGAGCGUGACGGGGAUCAGCCUCGCAAAGGACACAGACGCCUCCCUGCCUGCCCUGGCUGACUUCCACCAGGCGUUUGAAGUGGUCUUUGUGGAUCCUUCCGGGCUGGUGAACCUCUGUGCGGAUAUGACUGCUAGCAAAUACCACCAGGUCCAGUUGGAAGCCAAGCGCUCCAUGGAAAUUCUGGAUGACAGGAUGGUGGAUGGCUUCCAGGCGCUGCUCAUGACCCCGAAGCCCAUGCUCAGAACCUUUGACCACGUCUUCCACCUGAAGCACGUCUCCAAGCUGCAAAGUGCCUGCAAGAAGAUGGAGCUGCUGAACGAGCUGAUGGAUCGCGGUGGGAACUACGUGGCCGCAGCCCUUCCCUUCAUCGUCUCGCUGCUGGCCCGUGGGCUGGCUGGAAGAGCUCUGCUCGUGGCACACUCCUUGCCUCAGACCCCUGAGUGGCCAAUUGAUGCUGAACCCCCAAAGCACAAGGAUGUCGGGCCCCUGACGUUUGGGCUCCUGUUUGUUCCUGAGUUUGCUGCCAGCACGCUGGAGAGGGGACCGCAAGCUGAUCGCCCUGAGGCCGUGGACUUCCGGACCUUCUGGGGGGAGAAGUCUGAGCUGCGGCGGUUCCAGGAUGGCACCAUAUGCGAGGCAGUGGUGUGGGAGGCCAGCACUGUCUGUCAAAAACGCCUCAUCCCUGAGCAGAUUGUCAGGCACCUGCUGAAGCUGCACGCCGAUAUUCCUGGGUCGUCCAUCUGCUACACAGGAGCGCUGCUGGACUCCGUGAUCAAGAGUGGGAAAGAGGAAUCGGGGACAGGCGAGGAGGCCAUGGUCAGCAUUGUCUGCUCCUACGAUGACCUGAGCCGCAAGCUGUGGAACCUGGAGGGGCUGCCGCUGACGGUGACGGCUGUGCAGGGCAUCCACCCGGCCCUCCGGUACACCGACGUCUUCCCUCCUAUUCCCAUGAAGCCGAUUUAUUCCUUCCAUAACCAAAUCAGGACCAAACGCUUGCUGCUUCCUUCGGAGGAGAAGCCCUGCCCAGCCUACAUUGCCCCUCUGAAAAUCAUCUGCCACAUGGAAGGCAGUGGCCGCUGGCCACAGGACAAGGAAGCCAUCAAGCGCAUCAAGGCAGCUUUCCACCUCCAGCUGGCCGAGCUCCUCCAGCAGCAGCACCAGCUGAUCUGCAGGCCCACGGUCACCCACACGGACGUGUACAAGGAUGGCUAUGUUUUCCGUCUCCAAGUUGCCUACCACCGAGAGCCCCUGAUCUUGAAGGAAGUGGUCACCCCGGAAGGGAUGCUGAAGUACCAGGACACAGAGGAGUCUCAGCAGCUGGAGCUGGAGACGUUGCAUCGGCCCUAUCUAACCAGCUCCCUGCACGGGCUCCAGCAGCAGCACCCCGUCUUCGGCAGCUCCUGCCGGCUGGCCAAGCGCUGGGUCAGCGCCCAGCUCCUGAGUGACAGCAUCUCUGAGGAGUGUGUGGACCUUCUCGUGGCGUCUCUCUUCCUCCACCCAGCCCCCUUCACACCACCCAGCUCUCCCCAGGUGGGGUUCCUGCGCUUCCUCAACCUGCUGGUGACCUUUGACUGGAACAACAACCCUCUCAUCGUCAACCUGAAUGCCGGCCUCACAGAUGCCGAGUGCACAGAGAUCAAGAACAAGUUCAUGGCCGCUCGCUCUCGCCUCCCCGUCAUGUUCAUCGCCACCCCCAAAGACCAGUGGAGCUCGGUGUGGACCCAAGAGCGACCCUCGGCGCAGAUCCUGCAGCGCCUUCUCGUGCUGGCCUCAGAGUCUCUCCGAGCCCUGGAGGAGCAGCUCACGGACCCGCUCGGCAGCCAGGAUGUGAAGAUUGCCUUCCGCCCUCCUUUGGAUCUCUACGAUGUCCUCAUCCACCUGAACUCCAACCAGAUUCCUCGGCACCUGGAGAGCGUGGACCGGCCAGUGAAGUCGUUUUCCCGGGGGGUGGUGAAGAACAGCGCGGGAGUGAAUGUCCUCUUUCCUGUGGUGGAUUACGACCCUGUACAGUGCUACCUCCAGGAGCUGAGAGAUGCCUUCAGUGAUCUCGCCUUGUUCUUCUAUGACAAGCAUGGUGGGGAAGUGAUUGCAGUGUUGUGGAAACCUUUGAGCUUUCAGCCUCAGCCUUUUAAGGUCUCCAGCAUGAAAGGAAGGAUGGUGACAACCGUGAACAACGAGCUGGUCUGCGUUCCCAACGUGGAGGCAAUUUUGGAGGACUUUGAGGUUUUGGGAGCGGGUCUGGUCAAAAGAGUGGAAGCUCGAACAGAGAAAUGGACUAUCUGAGACCACUGCGAGGUGUAAGAAGGACCUGUCCUGAAGCAGUUUGUUCACUCCAGGACCGUUCCAUUUUAUAAAUCAGCCCUUUUAGGAAAGGGCUUAGGCUUUUUACAUUUCAGAACUGUGCAUCUGACUCUAUUUAUCUUUAUAUGGCUUGUUCAGAAAAGUGAUGGGACCUAUUGUUUUUAAGAAUGCAGAUAUCUCUUUAUUUUGAAAAAAUAUAAAAAUGGGUUAAAUUUU